AUGAAUACAACACUUGACUUUUCAUAUAUUCCCGACUCAUUAACGAAUUCAUCUGUGGCAUCAUUGAGUUUACACAUUGUUCAGUUAUUUUACAAAGUUGUUAAAUUGUCGUAUUUUGUGUUUACCUUCUUGAUAUUCAUCGGUAUAAUGUUUAAGACUGUUUUUAGGAACAUUUUGCAACCCGAUCUAAACCCAAAUAGUUUCAUCAAAACAGUGUAUGGCAUAAUAUCUUUGCCUAUAUGUCUUCUGAUGUACAUUCUUCACAUUUUACAACAAACGUUCCAUUUUUUAUUGCUUUCUCUGGCAAUUAUGAGCUAUCUUAAAUACCAAUUUCCAUACGAUUUCUUAUAUUCACAAAAUUAUACAAGCAAGUAUGUAAGAAAAUUGAACGUGUUUUUUGCCUUAAAGGACUUCGUUCGUGGUGCAAUUUUGUUUCUUCACCUUGGAAAGUUGUUGGGCGACAAGAUUAUGGAUAUCAGUUAUAUUACUUAUUUGUUAUUCAUUAUUGUGAACGUGGUAAUCUGCUUCCUACCCCAUUCAUAUACAUUCCAAUUAUAGUUGGUAUGAGGAAAAACCGACAUCUACAUUCCCAACAACACAUUUACAUUCACGAAUACAUGUUUAUCCAGAGUAUUAUGGUUUUAUUGUUGAAAAUAAUCACUGUACCGGUUUAUGUAUACUUUUUCAAUGCUGAUAUCACAUUUGGAUGGCCAUUUAGCAUGAUUAUUACUGAUGUUAUCACAACGCCUUGGAUAAUUCAGCUGUCGUAUUUGAGAUGCAAUUUGAACGAGCUGUAUACUUUAUUUACGUCAUUUAAUUUUUUCAAGUUUCUGAAAAUUGUGUUUGGUAGAAUGGAUGCUACUGUACAUUCAAUUGUACAUCCGAUUGCAUUUUCAAUUACUUAA